GUUGUCGACAAGUGAGCAUAACAACGGACAAGAUUAAGAGUCAGUGAAUGUCCGCCGGCUUCGUGCCGUGAAGCUUAUCGGGCAAGCAAAUCAACCACGACCACUCACGACAAUAUUGCUCAGCACUACACCGUGCAUCAGCUACAAUCCACAACUUAUCUACGCUGAAGAAAGGUUCCACGUAGCACCAACACUCAGCAAUGUCAACACCCAAAGACAACCGCAUCCCAAUCUCCCCAACCCUCUCCUCACCCCCCCUCGACUCCCGCCUCACCCAACUCCUCUCCACACAUAUGCAUCUUCCCCGCAUCCCAUAUCCAGCUGGAUUUGGUGAUUAUGGGUGGAGCUGGCGAAGUUGGGUUGUUAGGCCGAUAAGGAGGGGGGAGAAGAUUGGGGAGGGGCAGCCGGGGUGGAUGACGGCUUGUGUUACUAGGAAUGAUGUAAGGGAUCCGGUUGCUGUGAAUCAAAAGCCGAGUCAGAGUCAGAGUCCAAUAUUGGGGAAGGUUGAGGAGAGGGAGAGGGAGCAGAAGAGUGUACAGGAGAUCAUUGCGGGGAAGAAGGGGUUUAGGAUCAAACCGCGCUCGGGAGCCGAUGCGGGUGUUGCCGCACGAUCUGAGACGCCAGAUACGCCGACUAUCACUGUUCAGGAUAAAGCCGCGGCUUCACAACGGAGGAUUUCGCCAUCGCCGGCGCCAAAGCUAACUACGGCAUCAGCACCUCCUCCCACAACCGCAGCUGAGCCAACACAAACAGCACAGGUGGAUCAGAGCAAGGACGGCCAGGAUCAUAAAGCACUUUCGAGCCCCCUCGACCCAAUCUCCCCCCGAAUCCCCUCCAUGUUCAUAAACCCACCAACACCAACCCACCUCGACUCCGGCAUCAACAUGCAAUUCCACAACGAGGACGCGGAUGAGGAAGGGGAUGAUGAUGAAGGGGAGCUGAAACCUAUUAGCCCAAGUCGACCAGCCAUGUUUGAGGAUAUGGAUAUAGAGAUGAGGGAUUCGGGGGUAUCUCUCGCAGGAGAGGACGGGGGGUGGAGUCCGUUGUUGCCGGUUAGUCCCAGGUUGCCGGAGAUGUUUAGGUGUUUGGCGGCGCAACCGACGUCGACUGUUCCUACUACCAACGCCGGGACGAAGGUAGGUGCGAAGAAGGAGAAGGACGAUCCUCUCGCAUUCCUUAGGAAUCCGGGGACGAGGGAUAUGCCGACACCGCCGGAGAGUCGGAAUACCGUCAAGGGUGUCGUGACCAAGCGUCCUCGGACCAUUACUUCCGACAGUUUCAAGUCUGAGCCCGCGACGCCAGCAACGCCAGCAACGCCGACAAUCAUAGAAUCACAAGGGUCUGGGUCUGAACCGAUCAGAAAGAGUCCAAAGGGACUUGUCGUGAAGAAAAUGAAGAGGAAGGUCGUUGAAGAUGAUGGUUGGGUUGAGCGGGAUGAUGGUGGUGUGAAGAGGAGGAAGAGUGAUGGCGAGGAAGAGGAGGGUGAGAAUGAGGGUGGAAGAAGGAAGAGUUUGAUCGUCGCGUUGAAGUUGCCGAGGACGAAUGUGAUGCUGGCGGACAAGGCGAAGCGAGAUGAUGUUGAGGUCAAAGCGCAGACUACGACGCAGCAGGCUAUUCUUGAAAAGAAGGCGGUGGGGCGCGAGGCGUCAAGAGGGCGGAAUCAGGUCAAGACUGAUAAGAAGGAAGCUAUCAAUAAGGCUGAACCCACGAAGGAGGUGGUAAAGAAGUCUGUAUCUUCUGCCCGGUCUGAGAGCAAGGGUAGUGAGGCUGGCAGGGGUCGUAGUCCUGAAAAGCGCGAAGAGGAGCCUGCGAAGGUUGCGAGUGCGGCAAGGACGGGGGGUUCCUUAAUGUUAUCAGACCUUCUACGAGGGAUGUCCACUCUCACCCCCGAACAGCGCGAGACACAGAAUGCGAAGACGGCAGCGGUUCUGUCCUCCGUUAGAGCGAGGGCAAUGGAUAAGCCUGCAACCUCCACAACGACUGGAAUCACUCCGGCGAAGAAGGUUGUUCCCGCCGUGAAAGCUGCUGUAGCCCCCAAGAAGAUGGAAGCUUUUGUUGACAAAGCUGCUUCAACACAAAGCAUGGAAGCCAAAGGAGAGUGGAAUGCUAAGGCUGUCACGGCUGCCACUGCUGCCACUGCUGACAAGUGGUCGAAGAAUAAGGGUCCUGUACCCCCGCCUAAGGCGACACUCGCAAGCCUGGGGUUCAAUGUGAAGACAAAUCCGUUGCCGGCACCGAUUGCGAAAAAGAUUGCGAGUCCCGCGCCCGUAUCGCUUGGCAAGCUUGGUGGUGCGAAAGCGUCUCCUUCGCCGGCGCCGAUUUCUAGGAGUUCGAAGGGUGAGGAGAAGCCAAAGAAACCGGAUGUUAUCGACAACAAGGAGAUGAUGGAGAAGAAGAGGAAAGCUGUUGAGGAUGAUAGCAGGCAUGGUGUGAAAGACGUCAAGAGGAUCAAGAAAGACAUUGCUGAGGAGAGUAAGGCUGGUCCUGCUCCGAAGAAGGUCACGGAGAAGAGAAGUGAGGGUACGCACAAGCCGACGAACACGACUAAGGCAACAGGUAAGGCUCAGUCGCCUGUCAAGGAACAGGUGGCGGCGCCUAUGGAUUCUCCAACGACUCAGAGGAAGAAGCUCAAUCUGGACGAGUAUCGCGCCGCCAAAAAGAAGAUUGGGGAGUCUCCGAAGACGACAGAUUCCUACGAUUCUGGCUUUGGAUCCGGUAACUCGACCGUGUCGUCGUUAUCGUCACCGGAGAACAGGACCUCUGACGCGCCUGCCGGCAAGACACCGGCGUCUUCAUCGAAGGCUUCUCCUGAUCCUGUCGUGGCCGCGCUGAAGACGAAAAUCAAGAAGUAUACCGCACUCGCCGGAGACUCGAAGGCCCAGAGUGACGAGUUCCUGAAGCAGGAAAAACUCAACGUUGUAGCUGCCACGCUUCAUGGACUUGCUUGCGUGUUGCACUACAUGACUUAUUUCGAAGCCGAGAACGAAGGGAGAAAAGCCUUUGGUACGAACAUCACCGUCAAGCAUUGGCAAACCCUUCCUGGUUUCAUUGAGAGACGUAUUUUGAGCUCGACGGUGAUGCGAAGGCGUGAUUGUGUGCCGUUGGUGGCUUUGGGCCGUCAACUACUUGCUCUUGUCCACCAAAAGAUGGCAGACAUCGAGAGAGAAAUCUUGGAGAAGAACAGUGGGAGUAUGUCCUCGGAGGAACAAUUACAGGCGUACAAACGAAUCGCAGAGUACCGCGAUAAAUUCAAGGAGGUCUGGGCGAGCAAUCCAGUCCCUGCUGAGAUGAUGAAGGAGCACUUCCCGGCUACGAUGGAAAUGGGCGAGAAGGCUGGUCAGGACAGAGGUGGCUUCCGUUGGCCGUUGAACGUCGUCGCCCCUGUUAAAGAGAUCGUUGCGUACGGCAAAUCUGCCGUUGAAGAACAGGCUAUGAAGGCGAAUGUGGUAUUGAAGUGGUAAGGUAUCAUGAUAUCAAGUUAUCCCCUGUGACGUGUGGUCUGAUACCCAGAAAUACGAAUGACGACGUGACGGAGCGGUAGAAAGCACGGGAUUUGAGGUGGCAGCGGUUAAUGGAUACUGCAAAACGGCGCUUGACAGAGGCGCGUACCUUCUUCGGUUGGUGACGGAGUGGUUUCGGACAGGAACCAACUUGGUUUAUUAUGAUAUCAAAUCGUCCAACGUGACGUUUAUGGACGGUUGUAUGUUGGUUGAAAGGUUUAUAUGGCAUAGUCGGGCGUUACAUUCUUACUCACACGGCUAUAGCAUCACACACAGGCGUUUUUUGGAGGUCUUGGUUC